AUGUACCGCAUCGCUUCGAUUGUCAAGCAAAAACCUUACUGUUUAGGUUACAUGUCAACAGAAGAAGAUACCUCAGCCAAAGUCUACCGACGUCGAUUUUCCCUCCAGGACAGCCUCAUUUUCCCCCAGUCUACAUACCCUACCAUUCAGUCUCCAUCUCCUGCAAGCCCACACCGCCGUUACAGCGAAGGAUUCUAUAUGGACAGGGGUAGCAACCACGAUGAUAAACAUCAAGUUCAAAAGGCUGAUGAGCUGGUCAGCAGCUCCGUUGUAUUCAUGCAGGUGGGGAGGGAUGUUUGGAUGUUGACGUGGUGGACUUUGUGA